GCUUUAUUUUUCCUCAUGGAUGUUCUUCUCAGAGUGUAUGUAGAAGGGAGACAGCAUUAUUUCUCUGACCUACUGAACACCCUAGAUGCUGUCGUCAUUGGUGUGACUCUGCUCAUUGCCAUCGCUUACAUAUUUUAUGACAAGAAGUUUCUUAGAGAUAUCCCAAGAUUAGCAGUUUUAUUUCGACCUCUACGACUGCUCGUUCUGAUAAGAAUUUUGCAACUGGCUCAUCAAAAAAGACAGCUUGUAAAGCUGACAAGGCGGCUGGUCUCGGGAAACAAACGACGAUACAAGAAGGAUGGCUUUGACCUAGAUCUCACUUACGUUACCGAGCGUAUUAUUGCUAUGUCGUUCCCAUCGUCUGGAAAGCAGUCCUUCUAUAGAAAUCCAAUUCAGGAGGUCGUGCGGUUCCUCGAUACCAAGCAUCCAAACCACUACCAAGUCUACAAUCUGUGCAGUGAGAGAGCGUAUGACCCGAAGCGCUUCCACUACCGGGUCCGCAGAAUCAUGAUUGAUGACCACAACGUCCCCACGCUCGAGGAAAUGCUGCUGUUCUCCAGGGAAGUGAGCGACUGGCUGGCUAAGGACCCUGAAAAUGUCGUGGCAGUUCACUGUAAGGGUGGAAAAGGAAGAACUGGAACCAUGAUUUGUGCGUGCCUCCUUGCUGAUGACAUAGUUUUAAAUGCAAAGGAAAGCCUUUUCUUUUUUGGGGAGCGGAGGACUGAUAAAACCAACAGCAGUAAGUUCCAAGGAAUAGAGACCCCUUCUCAGAAUAGAUAUGUUAAAUAUUUUGAAAAACUGAAAUUUCGCUACCAAUGGACUCUCCCUCCAAAAAAAUUACUCAUAAUAAAAAGAUUCAUUGUUUACUCUAUUCAUGGUGUCGGAAAAGGCAAUGGAAGUGAUCUAAAAAUACAAGUAAUAAUGUGGCAGGAGACUAUUUUUUCCUGUUUUACUUCCAAAAAUUGUAUGAUAUUCCAUGACAUUGAGACAGACAGAGUAAUAAUUAAUGUAUACAACUGUCCAGCUCUGUCCGAGGAUGUGAAAGUGAAGUUUCUCUCCCCGAAUCUUCCCAAAUACUACGAUGACUGCCCCUUUUUCUUUUGGUUUCACACAUCUUUCAUAAAAAAUAACAGGCUUUAUCUAGCAAGACAUGAAUUGGAUAACCCCCAUAAAUCAAAAACAUGGAGAAUUUAUGGUCCGAAGUUUGCAGUAGAAGUGUAUUUUGGUGAGACACAGCAAGCGAUACGUGGUAGACGUUGAACAAGUGCCAUUCCCCUUCUCGGAUAGAAUCAUGUUCUUCCCAAUCCAUGCUAUGUAUUUAUGUCCUCUAACCUAUAUCUUUGAUGGCAUAUCUGUAUUUAAUAUAUCUAUACAUGUGUGUAUGUGUAUGUACAUGUUUCUAGGAAAUAAAUGUAUUCAGGAACAUUACGUCUGGUAAAUUUUUUUCUUCUGAAGGCAUACACAGUACAGUCUUUCUUUCUUUUUGAGAGAGGGCCUCACUACAGGCCCUUGCUGGCCUGUAAUUCACUAUGUAGGCUAGAUGUGAACUCACAGCAAUCCGCCUGCUUGUCUCAUGAGUGCUGGGAGUAUAGGCAUGUACCACCAUGCCUGGCUGUCUUUGUACUGUUUGCAACAUUCAGUAUGUGGGAGAAUUCGGUAUCAUUGUGAAGCACUUUGAAACAGCCAGUAUUUCCUGCCAAUAUUAGAGACACUGGGUAUAUUUUUAAGAACUUGGAAAUAACAGAUCUUCCCUGUCAAAAUAAUUGAGCUAUACAAAAACUGUGUUUCCAUAACACACACGCAUUUACACAUUUCUGAGCAAGUAUUUAUCCUGUUUUAUAUUUGUAAUUUGCCUCUAUUUGAUUCACAGAUUGUUCACACGUAUCAGAUUGGCCAUGAUGCCGAAGUUUUUGCUUUGUUUUGGUAUUUCUAUGACCUGCACACUUGUGCCUGUAUGUGCAUGAG